GUGAUGCCAGGGUCUAGGGCCAGGUGCGAACAUCUUUGUCUUUAAGGACCAACACCAGGUACCACCUGGGGACACAUGCCGCCUCUUUGCCCAGAUGUUUGACCCACAGCAGGAGAAGGCAGCUGCCUGCGGGUUAGUCGUGAAUGGACCCAGCCUGGGACAGUUCCCGGGGGCCUCGGCUGAGCACGAGCACGGCCAGCAUCCGAGUACGGGAGCUGAGCUGGCAGGGCCUGCGCAACCCCUGCCCGCAAAGCAAGGGCCCGGGCAGCCACGGGGGCAGCCGCAGAGAGCAGCUGGUGGAGCAUCACCUGUCCCCUGCCCGACUGCAGGCCCUGGCCCGGGUGGACGACCUGCAGCUGGUGCGGGUGCUGGAGAUGUGCGUGGACACCCGUGAGGGCAGCCUGGGGAACUUCGGGGUGCACCUGCCCAACCUGAACCAGCUGAAGCUGAACGGCAGCCUCCUGGGCUCCCUCAGAGACCUGGGCACCUCUCUGGGCCACCUGCAGGUGCUAUGGCUGGCUCGCUGCGGUCUGAAUGACCUGGAUGGCAUCGGCUCCUUCCCAGCACUGAAGGAACUCUACGUCUCCUACAACGACAUCUCCGACCUAAGCCCGCUGUGCCUGCUGGAGCAGCUGGAGGUGCUGGACCUGGAGGGCAACAGUGUGGAGGACCUGGGGCAGGUGCGCUACCUGCAGCUGUGCCCACGGCUGGCCACGCUCACCCUAGAGGGGAACCUGGUGUGCCUGCGGCCGGCUCCUGACCCCUCCAACAAGGCGCCCAGGGACUAUAACUACAGGGCAGAGGUGAAGAAGCUUGUGCCCCAGCUGCAGGUGCUAGACGAGGUGCCAGCCACGCACCCAGGCCCGCCUGCCGCCCUGACGCUGACCCAGGACUGGCUCAUGGUGAAGGAGGCCAUCCAGAAGGGCAGCGUCCUCCCCUGGCUGGAUUGUCUCCAUGGAGCCCCCAUGCAGAGACUCGACCCCGAGCUGUCCCUGCCUGAGACCCAGCCCCGGGCCCCCGGGCCCUGGCCCUUCUCCCUGCUGGUCCCUGGGGGCCCCUUGCGUCGAGGUCUGCUUCCUGAGGACCCAGCGCCGGCAGACAGCGCCAGCAAACUCACUCAUGGUGCUGGCCAAGUCCUCUGCGGGAACCCCACCAAAGGCCUGCGGGAGCGUAGGCACCAGUGCCAGGCCUGGGUGCCCCCGGAGCAGCUGCCCCCGCACAGGCCAGGAGAUCUGGCCACUAGCACCUCUACCUUAGAGCCUGACCCUGCAGACAGCUGUGACCUUCUGGACUUGGCCAGGCUUCGGGCCUGGCGGGAGCUGGGCCUAGGGCACCCGGGGUCCCAGCAGGAAGGGGCUUCAGCCCCCUGGGGCCCACGAAGGGCCCCUGAAGAGCAAGACGACCAGGCUGAGCCCAAGACUCCCCAGAGCCCCCAGAGCCUGGCCUCAGGGCCUUCCAGGACCUUGAGCUUCCACCUGACUCCUUCUCCGCCCAAAUGCCCAGUGCCACCUGAUUCAGGUAGCAGCUCCCCCUGGAGGUCUGCAGACCUGUUCAGGGGGCGUCAGCUCAGAGCCCCGGACAGCCUAGGGCCUGGCCUGGGCCACGGGGUGGCUGCGGUGACUGCCCUGAGAGCCCUGGAGGUGGCCUCAGGCCUGAGCCCUGGAGCCCAGCGAUGUCCAGGCCCAAAGCCAGCACCGGAUCCAGCAGCAAGACCCCCAGGCCUCCAGUGCCGGCGGCACCUGAACCCUGUUGCUCAAUCUCACCCUUAGCAUCCACCCCGCCCUCACUGCCAAGCGUGCCUGGACUGGGGCCAAGGAGCCCCCCAUGAGGUCCUGUGGCCCCACACACCAGAGCAUCUGGGCAUGUUGGGGGGUAGGAGGUGGGCCUGGGCCAGGCCCUGGAGAGGGCCCCAGGGGAGUGGAGUCUUGGGAGCAGCCAGGGGGCCAGAGGCCAGAGCCCAGGUUAGGGCCCAGGCUUGGCUUUACCCUGGGUAGGGAGGGUCCAAUCCCCACCCUUUCAUGGGGCCAGGAUUUCCCAGGAGGACUGGCUGGGGCCCAGUCCUGAGACCUCCCCUGCUGGGGCUGGGCCAGGGCCCAGGUGGCCGGAGCUGGGGCUGGGAGUCCAUCCUCUGCUCGAGGGCCCUCCAGU